AAAGCGGAAGCGGCAGCCGCGCGGACAGGGGCAGCAUGGAGGGAGAAGCGGGCAGCUUCGCGCACCUCGGGCUGGACGCGCGGCUCCUGCAGGUAAGGCGGGCGAGGCGGGGAAGGGGGGAGCUGCGGCCUCCAACGCCUCCUCCGGGCCUGACCUCGUGUCUCUCGUUCUCUCUGCCCGGCAGGCGACGGCGGAGCUGGGCUGGGCGAAGCCGACGCUGAUCCAGGAGAAGGCCAUUCCGCUGGCCCUGGAGGGCAAAGACCUGCUGGCGCGGGCCAAGACGGGCUCCGGCAAGACGGGCGCCUACGCCCUGCCCCUCCUGCAGCACCUGCUCCGGGGGAAAGCGGUGAGCGAUCUGGGGACCCGGCUCCCUCCCUCCUCCUCAUCAUCAUCAUUUAUACCCCGCCCAUCUGGCUGGGUCUCCCCAGCCACUCUGGGCGGCUUCCAACAAAAGAUCAAAAAUACAUUAAAACAUCAGUCAUGAAAAGCUUAACAGGUCUGCCUUCAGAUGUCUUCUAAACGUUAGAUCAGGCACUCCCAAACUUGGCCCUCCAGAUGUUUUGGGACUACAACUCCCAGCAUCUCUAGCUAACAGUACCAGUGGUCAGGGAUGAUGGGAAUUGUAGAGGAAGAAGAAGAAGAGGAGUUUGGAUUUGAUAUCCCGCUUUAUCACUACCCGAAGGAGUCUCAAAGCGGCUAACAUUCUCCUUUCCCUUCCUCCCCCACAACAAACACUCUGUGAGGUGAGUGGGGCUGAGAGACUUCAGAGAAGUGUGACUGGCCCAAGGUCACCCAGCAGCUGCAUGUGGAGGAGCAGAGACGCGAACCCAGUUCACCAGAUUACAAGACUACCGCUCUUAACCACUACACCACACUGGCUCUUUUGUAGUCCCAAAACAUCUGGAGGGCCGAGUUUGGGGAUGCCUGUGUUAGAUAGUUGUUUAUUUCUUUGACAUCUGAUGGGAGGGUGUUCCACAGGGCAGGCACCACUACCGAGAAGGCCCUCUUCCUGGUUCCCUGUAACUUCACUUCUCGCAGUGAAGGAACCGCCAGAAGGCCCUCGGCGCUGGACCUCAGUGUGCGGGUUGAACGAUGGGGGUGGAGAUGCUCCUUCUGGAAGAACUGGAACAUGGAGCUGUAGAGUUGGAAGGGACCCCCCCCCCGGGCCAUCUAGCUCAGGCCCCCGCAGUGAAGGGGUCGCACCUAAAGAGCCCCUUUUGUGAUGGCCUGGAGAGUGUGGGACUCUUCUGACCGGGUCUCUUCUUGCCUCCUAGUCAGCGCUAGUGGUGGAGCAGGCUGUUCGGGGACUCAUCCUGGUCCCCACCAAGGAGCUGGGCCAGCAGGUGCUGCAGAUGCUCCGGCAGCUGACCUCCUACUGCUCCCGGGACCUGCACCUCGUUGACAUCUCUGGCCAGGCGGACUUGGCGGCUCAGAGGUGAGUAGUGGGCGGAGGGGUAGGACGGCUGUCUCUUGGGCUGGCCAUGUUUUUGAAGUCCCCAACCCCAACUCCAAAAUGCUUUCUGAUUCCUGGCCCGACCGCACUGGCUGACGAUUUGUUUCCCUGCCCAAUUUGAAAUGCUCAUUUUGACCUAUAAAGCUGUAAGCAACUCACAACCGCAAUACCUCAAGGACUGCUCUCCCCAUAUGAACUGACCCAGACCCACGAUCAUCAUUUGAGGCCCUUCUUUGUGUGUCUCCUCCAUGAGAGGUCUGGAGGGUGGCAACACAAGAACAGUCCUUUUAUGCAGUGACUGCCUGUUUGAAAAGCUCUCCCCAGGGAGGCUCGCCUGACACCUAUGUUACAUAUAUUUAGGCGCCAGGUGAAAACUUUUCAACCAGGCCUUGGGCUGAUUAAACAUUCUAUGGCCUUUUAAAUGUCUUUGUAGAGGGGGGAGAUGUUUGUUUUUGCUUUAUUAUGUCCUUUGUGUUCUCAUUUUGUGUAUUAAUGUUGUGAACCGACCUGGGAUCUUUGGAUGAGGGAUGGUAUUUAAAUUUAAUAAAUAAUAAUAAUUCCUGCAAAUGGGUCCUUCCUCGUUGGCAAGCUGUGAUGGUAUUUCUUUCAAGGGGGCUUUGGAGACGGAAGACAGGCUGGCCUCUCUAAAGCAUUCCAGAGCCCUCUGGAGUCUCUUGUAGUCACACAUUUUGCCUGUGGCCUCUGGUUGCUUUCUGAGUGGAAACAAUGAAUGGGAGUCCUCUUCUGCAGUUGACACUGCCCUCUUGGGGAGAUCCUUUGUAGCCCAGUUAAGGGUGGCAGCCUCUUCCCAUCAGCAACCUGUGGUUAUGGUUGCAUCGCAGACCCAAAGCUUUCAUUCAAGGUCAGGCAAGUAUAUGUGGUUGUUUCACAGAGACUGGGCCUUCCCAUCUCUUACUGAGGCUUUUAUGUGUUGUGGAUUCUCUUCCUUCAAGGCCCAUCUUGAUGGAGAAGCCGGAUGUGGUGGUGGGGACGCCAUCGCGGGUCCUCGCUCACUUGAGGGCUGGCAGCCUGAGCCUGCAGGAUUCCUUGGAAAUCCUCGUGUUGGAUGAAGCUGACCUCCUUUUCUCCUUUGGCUUUGAGGAAGACUUGAAAAGUCUGUUGUGGUAAGUUUAUUGUGGCCCUGGGUUGUUGGCUUUGAAAGGCCUGGGGCCAGCCUGUGAUUCCGUGGGAGGGUGGGUGGGAGGCCUAGGAGGUCUCUGAGUUCUUACGAGCAGUACCUCCUCAGGUGUCCUGCUCCAUCAUUUGUUGAAUGUUGGAUGCUAUGCCAAGGGGGGGAAGUGGGGAUAGUCCUGGAGCUAGAGAAAUUGCUUUUUGUGUCCAGCUAGAAUCCAUUAGGAUGCGGGUGGCGCUGUGGGUUAAACCACAGAGCCUAGGACUUGCUGAGAAGGUCGGUGGUUCGAACCCCCAAGACAGGGUGAGCUCCUGUUGCUCGGUCCCUGCUCCUGCCAACCUAGCAGUUCCAAAGCACAUCAGAGUGCAAGUAGAUAAAUAGGUACCACUCCAGCGGGAAGGUAAACGGCGUUUCCGUGUGCUGCUCUGGUUUGCCAGAAGCGGCUUAGUCAUGCUGGCUACAUGACCCGGAAGCUGUACACCGGCUCCCUUGGCCAAUAAAGCGAGAUGAGCGCUGCAACCCCAGAGUCGGCCACGACUGGACCUAAUGGUAAGGGGUCCCUUUACCUAGAAUCCAUUUUGAGGCUUGUUGGAUCCAUUUUGUUUGUGUGGCAUAUUAUAUUGGGGAAAUUGUGUAGUAUAAGCAGAAAUCCUGAGUUGAAAUUAGCUCUCAGGCUGGAAAAAGUUGGUGCCAUCACACUAGGAAAAGAAGCUCAGCAUAUUUAUAGUGAAGGUUAUGGAAGCAGAGGGAUAGGUUGGGGCUGUUGUGCCUGCAAUGCUCUGUUUUACUCUCAUCCUGGAGGCAUCUGGUUCGCUGCCUUUGGGUGCUGAGUGCUGGGCAAAGGGGGCUUUUGGUGCCACCUUACAAAUGAUGGGCUCUUGUCUCCUCUCCAGCCACUUGCCCAAGAUCUACCAGACUUUCCUCAUGUCAGCUACCUUCAAUGCGGAUGUCGAGGCCCUGAAGGAGCUGGUCCUCCAUAACCCUGUAAGUUUGUGGGAAAUGGGUUGGAGGUUUUGGAUUCAAAGGAGGCAAGGUGUAGGCCUGGGAUUUCCUUGUCCGAUUGCUCUGGGAUUGUGGUGGUGGUGGAAAUGCUCUUCACAGAUAGUAAUGGUCCCAUGUCUGUCUACCUCUUGCAACCUGCGGGCGUUGAGUUGGUUCUGGCGGUCUCCUAGCAAUCCGUGGCACAGAAAGGGAGCAGUUAAGAGUCAUCUGGGGAGCAGGCCUCCCUCGCUGAGUCCACCCACAUGGCAAGAGGAAACAGCAGCAUCAGGGGCCCAUUGAGGCAGCCCCCAGCCAAGAAGGGAUUCACAUAUGCCUUUUAAAAAAAAUAUUUUUUACUGAUUUUUCUAUGUAUUCUUCUUCUAACAAUAUAUCUUGAACAAUUUUUCAUAUUUCUUUUUUUAAAAAUAAUAUUUUUUAAAGUUUCAAAGGAAAAAAAAAUCACAUUAAUAAAUAAAAUUAACAAUAAAAAGGAAAAAUACAAAGUAGAAAAAAAGAAAAAACAGUUAAAAACAAUUCCAUCUUUUCCUCACUUCUUUUACGUUUACUUGUUUCCCGGGGCUCCUCAUACCUCCCUCUUUUGUAUUCCAAUUCAAUUUGUUAAUCCAACAAUUCCUUUCCCUCCUUUUUAAUCCUAAUCCUUAGUCUUGAUACAUUGUAACGUUAGAUUUUUACAUAUUAAAAACCAAUUUUUCUAUAUUCUUUUGUACCUAUACAGCUAUAAACCACUUAACUUCAAUCCAACAUCAUUCUAACAUUCAUUAAUUUUACAAUAUUUCUGUAAAUAGUCUUUAAAUUUCUUCCAAUCUUCUUCCACCGACUCUUCUCCCUGGUCACGGAUUCUGCCAGUCAUUUCUGCCAAUUCCAUAUAGUCCAUUGAUUUCAUCCGCCAUUCCUCCAGUGUGGGUACAAUUUUUCAUAUUUCGACCCUCCUCCCCUGGACUUCCCUCAUACUCCCGUUUUGCUUUAUUUCCAUGUUGUUCACCCUUCAUAUUGUUUCCCCCAAAUUUUCCAAUACAUAUAGUCUUAUUUUUUGUUUUAUGCAGUUGUGCUUGUUUACUCAAACCCUUCCAAUGAGUCCAUUUCUUUAUGUUGCCUCUUCAUAUAUGUUGUAAAUGGUUCCCAUUCUCUUUUAAAGUCUUUGUUGUCCUUUUCAUGUAGUUUUUCUGUUAGUUUUGCCAGUUCUGCAUAUUCCAUAAGUUUCCUUUGCUAUUGUUCUUUCGUUGGUAUUUCUUCUGUCUUCCAAGUUUGUGCCAUUAUAAUUCUUGCCGCUGUUGUUGCAUACAUAAAUAAUUUCCAAUUUUCUUUUUUUACAUCUUGGUCUAAAAUUCCCAUAAGGAAUGCUUCUGGUUUCUUAACAAAGGCCUUUUAAAACAUUUUUUUUCAAUUCAUUAUAUAUCAUUUCCCAAUAAUUUCUAAUCUUUUUGCAUUCCUACCACAUAUGAUAGAAUGUCUCAUCCUUUUCUUUACAUUUCCAAUAACUUUUUGAUCUCUUUUUAUAUAUUUUGACUGCUUUCUCUGGUAUUAUAUACCACCUAUACAUCAUUUCAUAUAAUUCUCUUUCAAUAAGAUACAAUCUGUAAAUUUUGGGUUCACCUUCCACAUCUUUUCCCAAUCUUCAAGUUGUAUAUUAUGACCUAUAUCCUGAGCCCACUUUAUUUGUGCUGACUUUACCAUUUCAUCUAACAUUUCCCCAUAAAGUAGGAGAUUGUCUGUUUUUUUAAGUAAUUCUGUGUCACUCUCGACUAUCUCUUUUUGAAAGUUUGAAACUGUAUAACUAAAACCUUCCUUAAUGUCUUCCUUAAACUGUUCAUUGAAUUGUCUAUGAUGUAAUCAACUUUGUAAAACGGUCUUCAAUUCCUCAUAUCCUUUCAGCCUUAACCCUUUUUCCGCCUCUGUCAAUAAUUCUUUAUAUGUCAGCCAAUUUCCUCCCUUACUAAGUGGUUUUAAUGCCACCAUGGGAUUUUUGGUUCUAGAUGGUCUUUAUAUUUAUUCCAAACUUUUAGAAGCAUUUUUCUUAUUAUAUGAUUAUGAAAACCUUUAUGUUUUUUAUCUUUCCUGUACCAUAAAUAUGAAUGCCAACCAAAUCUGUCAUCAUGUCUUUCCAAGUCCAGUAUUUCAUCUCUUUCUAAUUUUAUCCAAUCCCGAAUCCACAUGAUGCAAGCUGCUUCAUAGUAUAAUUUCUUUCUUUCUUCUUUUUAAAAUGAUAUUUAUUGAAAAAAGAUUUUUUUAAAAAUAAAAGUACACAAAAGAAAAAACAAGACAGAAAAAAAAUAAAAAAAUAAAAUAAAACCAUCAUUCUCCAAUUCUCCACUUUCAAUACCUUCUUUCCUUGACCUCCUCCUCCUCCCUUUUCCUGUAUCCUGUUUUAUAAUAAUCACAGCAAAUCCUUUCCAUAAUUCAUAGUAUUCUGUCAUCACAUUACCUUGAUCUAUUUUCAUCUUAUCUUAUAGAAAACCUUAAAGUUUAAAACUUAAAUCUUAAUUUUUACCAACUUCUCCUAAACCAUAACAUUCUUACCUAGUUCUUUAGACAUUUUUAUAAGAGCCAAAUAGUUUCGUUUCAACAUUUUCCUAACAUUCAUCAAUUUUAUAAAACAGUCCUAAUGAUAAAAAUAAAAGAAAAAAGCAAUCCAGUCUUCAUCCAACGUCCCUUCCUCCUGGUCCCGGGUUUUGUCAGUCCUUUUUAUCCUAUUAAUCUAGCACAUUAACCUGGCAAUCUUAUAUCCGAGGCCCUCAAGUCUCUUCCAUGUCCCUUCCGUAACUCUUUCUUGAUAUUUCCCUUUUAUUCGUGGGAACUCCAGCUUGGUAGUGUUUUUGACCCUUUUCAGCAAGACGAUCCCUUUUCCAUAGUCCAGGAUAGGCUCGAUGUAGUAUUUACAAGCAUGCUCCAGAUUCCCUUCAAAAUUGAGAGCCCCCACAGCUCCAAACAUCUGACGGCCCCUUUCCAGACUUGAAAAGUCCAAAUCUCCCUGUAAAGGGGGGUCUAUCCAACCCCCCAUUUCCAAACCAAACCAGAUUUUAUCUUUCCAAGUCUGAUUUUUUCCAAGUUCAUUUAUCAAAUCCAAGAGUUUAUAUUCCUGCUGGGCCACAGCUCCCUCCGUCUCUGGCGCCCAAGAUUCAGCAAGGUCCUCUUCUUUCAGUUGUUCUGUCAUGGCACGCUCCUGUUUUGAUUCCUGGGUGGGCUCCAUAUAGUUUCCCACUACCUGUUCAAAGGUUCUGGCCGCAUUAGUCAUGAAAUCCGUCUUCUGACUUAACUGAUCCAAUAGGGCAUUUAUUUUACAGAAAGCACCCAACAGUGCUUCUGAAGACAUUGUCCUACAAGGUCACAAAUCCUUUCCCACAGUUGUAAUCAGUGACAGCUGCAAGUUCCCAGGAAUUAGUUACAAUUUCACAGUUCCCCUCUAGGGGGAAAAACUUCUGGUUGUUCUUUUUCUUGAAAACAAUAGCAACAAAGUUUCUUUUUUAAGAUAUUUUGUCCAUAUUUGUUCUUUUAAAAGACGAAAGGAAACAAUGGAGUCACAAUGUUUCUCUUCUUUUAACUAUCUGUCAAAGACAUUUGUUUCUGGUCAAUGAGCUUCAAACGUCAAUUCUGACACCCGACUCCAGGGUCAGGACGGUGAAAAAUUACUUUGCUUUAGAUUCACUUUUGCAGGUUUAAACAGCUCAAAAAAGGUCCCCCUUCUUCCCCUGCUACCGAAGGGGGGUUCAGCGAUUUUAAAUGAUGAAAGUUGAUCCUUUAAGGGUGAUUUUUAAGGCUCUAGUUUGCGUUGUCUUUGCUUUGUUCUGACUACGAGGAAACGGAAGGGUGACUUCCUGUUUAAACCUUCCCGUUUCAGUACCAAAUUAGGGUUAAUUUUUAAGUCCAAAUUCCUUUUUAUUUCGCCAGUUCUUAUUUGAAGUCCAAAUGUUCAAUGUUCCAGUACUCACGGUUGGUUGUUUUAAAUGCCAAAUUGUCCCAGGAAAAGGCAGCGCUCUCCGGCAACGACUAUGCGGCUUCGCUCCGCAGAAAAAGCAAUUGACUCACAGCACCGCGCCACUUCCCCCUCUUCACUUCGGAGCCCGUUUGUGGGUUCCUUUGUGGGUUGGGGGGGCGCUAAGGGUGCCCGCCGAGUCCCACGGUCACAGGCUUCAUCCGCCUGUGAUUUCCAGAAGGGUCCCCGCUUCGCUGCAGCGGAAAAGACCCGUUUCAUGUGGAGCUAGUCCCUCCAAUUCAGAGGGAGUCCGCCAUUGCCGGUGGCGCCACCCCGGAAGUCCUCAUAGUAUAAUUUCAAAUCUGAAAGGGAGAAGCCUCCUCUAUCUUUUGUGUCUAUAAGUAUUUUAUAUUUUAUUCUAGGCUUUUCCCAUUCCAGACUAACUUAGAAAUAUCUUUUUGCCAGUUUCUGAAGCAGACAAGAUUGCUUAUUGGUAUUGGCUGGAAUAAAAAUAACGUAUUUGGUAGUGCAUUCAUCUUUAUUGCUGAUUCCAAACUUUCUCAUAAUUGUCUUUAUAUAAAUUUAAUUUUUUAUUAGUAAGCCAAAUUCCUAAAUAUUUGACUUUUUUGUGAAUUUCUAUUUUUUGUAAUCUCCUGCAAUUCCUUUUUCUCCAGUUCCAUCAUAUUUUUUGUUAAUAUUUUUGUCUUUCCUUUAUUUAAUGUAAAUCCUGCCACUCGCCCAAACUCUUGUAUUUUUUUCUAAAGCCUUGAGGAGACAUAGUUUUGGUUCUUCAACUGAUUACCAAGUCAUCUGCAAAUGCUUUCAACUUAAAUUCACUUCCCCCUGUUUUUAUUCCCACAAUCUGCUUGUCUGCUCUUAUGUUUCUGUUCAAAACCUCAAGACCAGAAUGAAUAAUAAAGGUGAUAACGAACAUCUUUGUCUUGUUCCUUUUUCUAUUUUAAAUUGGUUCGUUAUCACCUGGUUAAUAAUUAAUUUUGCACUCUGUAUAUACAUUUUGAAUCCCUUUUAUAAUUUUUUCUCCAUAUUCCAUUUACGAUACAAUAAUCUGUAUUGUCGUUGUCCCAUACAAAACAAUGAAAUUGAAAAAAUGUACACCAGACAUUCAAAAACCAACAAGCCUGCUAUCCCUGCUAUCCCAGCCUGGUUAACCCCCUAAAAACUCUGAUACCCCAUAAUUAAAUACAAUAUACUCCCACAGAGACUACCUUACACUGUGUUUAAAACCAAAAUCGCAUUUGGAUAAAAACUGUUUCUCAGGCGGCUAGUCCUAGUCUUUAUAACCCUGUACCUUCUUCCAGAAGGCAGAAGCUGAAAGAGAUCAUUUCCGGGCUGCGUACUAUCCUGCACUAUCUCUGCAGCUUUCUUAUGACACCUGAAAGCAUAGAUUUGAUCCAAGGUCAAAUCCUCCUCCUUCUCCUCCUCCUCUAACCCCGGUGAUUUACGAUCCUUGGAAUCUUGCACGCCCAUAGCUGCUCCCACACAGCACAGUUUCUACAUCUGCAUCUGCUGCUACUUCUGUCCCUAUACAGCAGCAUUUUGUGUUGGCCAUCACUUUCUUUAUAAAAUCCCAAGAUACAUUAUCAAAUGCUUUUUCCGCAUCUGUAAACACCAUUGCUCCUUUUUUCUCAUUUCUUACUUCUAAAUACUCUAUUACGUUUAAGAUAUUUCUUAUAUUAUCUUUCAUCUGCCUACCUGGAAGGAAUCCCACUUGGUCUGGAUGUAUAUAAACAUUUAAGACCUUUUCCAAUCUAUUAGCUAAAAUAUUAGCAAAUAUCUUAUAAUCAUUGUUCAAUAAUAAAAUAGGUCUAUAGUUUUGGACCAAGGUCAAAUCUGUAUCUGGUUUUGGAAUCAAAAUAAUAUAAGCUUCCUUCCAUUCACAUAUGCCUUGGCCCAGCUGCAGUAACGACUAUAAUAGCUUAAGCUGCCUCAACACCAUUGGUGGUUAGGCAGCAUAUAAAUACUCCAAAAUAAAAUGACGCCUCUUCACCUCCUGCACAGGUGACCCUGAAGCUGCAGGAAUCGCAGCUGCCAGACAGCUCCAAGCUGAGCCAGUUCCAGAUCCGGUGCGAGACGGAGGACGACAAGUUCCUGCUGCUCUAUGCACUACUGAAGCUUUCGCUGGUGAAGGGCAAAGUCAUCCUCUUUGUCAGCACCAUCGAUCGCUGCUACCGCCUCAAGCUCUUCCUGGAGCAGUUCAGCAUCCCAGCCUGUGUCCUGAACUCUGAGCUGCCUGUUCAGUCCAGGUGAGCCUUGCUAGGUAGGUGUGGGGGCAGUGGUGGAGGCAGCAGCAGCAGCAGCAGCAGCGGCUGCCAUCCUGGGAGAUGGGAAAAGGAGCUGCAGGUAUGGUGCUUUGGCCUUCAAGGGGGCACGUAGGGGGAGAUGAACAAACUGGCAGGCCGUGGCAUCCAUGCCUGGCCACGAUGCAGCCCCAGGCACUGCCUGCCAUAUCCAGAGGUGAAUUCCCCUGGCGAAACCACAGUUUCCAUCGAUUGAUCUGUUCCAGGUGCCACAUCAUCAGCCAGUUCAAUCGGGGCUUCUGUGAUUACAUCAUCGCCACCGACGAACAGGACCUGGGAGAGAAAGAAGGACCGACAAGAGGGAAGAGGAAGAGGAAGGGCAACAAAGCAGGAAAGUAGGUUUGGCUUAAGAGCCACAAAUACGUUCUGUUUGACAACAGAUGGUGUGAAAUAGGAGAUUGGGGGGCUAGGUGCCAUUGGUGUGCAGCUGGCCUCAGGUCUCCUUCUCCAUAAUCAGGAAAUGCCAUGUGGGCACUGGACUAGGGCCUGGAAUAAAUGGUGGGGUAGAUCAUAGAGUUGUAGAGUUGGAAGGGAUGCCAAGGGUUGUCUAGUUUAAUGCCCUGCAGUGCAGGAAUCCUGCCCACACCAGCCCCUGGUUGGGCUUGAACCGCCAACCUUCUGGUUAACAGACAGACGCAUUGUCCCACUGCGUCACAAGGAAAUAAGCUGAAUUUGAAUCAUGGCAGGUGACUGGUUCCUGUGGCUUCACACAUCUGUGGUGGCAGAGGUGGCCUAUUUAUGUUCCAGCUGGCCUACCCUUCAGCCGAUCCGAUUUGGGUGGCAUAGAAUUCUCUCCUCACCUCAGACCACUUUUUUCUAUCCAGUGAGUGAUCCAAUGACAUCUACCCAGCUGGCCAGUCAGAAGUGAAUUUUACAAACCUCCUAGCGCAGCAUAAAUAGCAGCCUCUUGCAAUUAAGCAACUGGCAGCUGCCAGCCACCAACUGGAGACUUGUGCUUUUUUCUAAUAACCCUGCCUAAGCAGUAAUAAUAAUAAUAAUAAUAAUAAUAAUAAUAAUUUAUUAUUUGUACCCCGCCCAUCUGGCUGGAUUUCCCCAGCCACUCUGGGCGGCUUCCACAGAGACCAAAAAUACACUAAAAUGUCACGCAUUAAAAACUUCCCUGAACAGGGCUGCCUUCAGAUGUCUUCUAAAAGCCAGAUAGUUGCUUAUUUCCUUGACAUCUGAUGGGAGGGUGUUCCACAGGGUGGGCGCCGCUACCAAGAAGGCCCUCUGCCUGUUUCCCUGUAGCUUUGCUUCUCGCAAUGAGGGAACUGCCAGAAGGCCCCCGGUGCUGGACCUCAGUGUCCGGGCAGAAUGAUGGGGGUGGAGACGCUCCUUCAGGUAUACUGGGCCGAGGCCGUUUAGGGCUUUAAAGUAAACUCUAAUAUCUUUGUGGAAGGAGAAUAAAAUUAUGAAGGAAUUAAAUAAAAUUGAAAUGCACGUGAGGAAAGGCCAAGCCAGGUUGUUUUCGCAAGAGAACCAUGAGAGAAGUGCGGAAUGACAUGUACGCAAGAGCAACUGCUAUGACUGUUGAGGACAAAGGAAGGAGGGAAAGAUAAGGAAGUUUUUAUGCCUCGUGAUUCAGUCGGUAGAGGCAAAGUAGAAGGAAAUACUGCCAUACGUGGACAUAACUGCCUUUUUGCUUGAGACUUGUGUUUUUUUCAUAUUUGGUGUGCCACCCCCUCAACUACUUGCUGGCAGAGGUUGUAUCGAACCCCUCUCCCCUUGCAACGCCUAAAUAAACAUCCUGUUUGACUGACAAGUUUGGAGUUUGGAUUUUAUUGGCUGUUUGAACUGAACCCACAGGGUAUUCGGUAUUGAAACACAACACUUCCCUAACACCUUGCGUAUAAAACAACCCCUCUCUGAGUAAAUGCAACUUUAAAGGUGAUUUCUCCCAAGAAGCUGGCGUUCGUUUUGCAUGGUAACUUGAGUUCAUAAUGUAUGCUUUUAAGUGUUGAUUUUAUUGACUUUGGUUAUGAAAUUUGUUUUUAAGUGUUGGUUUUUGUUGAAAAUGCAUUUUUUAACGCUCUUUGAUAAACAGCUUCGAGGUUUUAGUUGCAGUUAAGUGCAGCAGGUGGCGCUGUGGGUUAAACCACAGAGCCUAGGGUUUGCCAGUCAGAAGGUCAGCGCUUCAAAUCCCCGCGACGGGGUGAGCUCCCGUUGCUCGGUCCCUGCUCCUGCCAACCUAGCAGUUCGAAAGCACGUCAAAGUGCAAGUAGAUAAAUAGGUACCAUUCCGGCGGGAAGGUAAACGGCGUUUCUGUGUGCUGCUCUGGUUUGCCAGAAGCGGCUUAGUCAUGCUGGCCACCUGACCCGGAAGCUGUAUGCCGGCUCCCUCGGCCAGUAAGCGAGAUGAGUGCCGCAACCCCAGAGUCUGUCACGACUGGACCUAAUGGUCAGGGGUCCCUUUACCUUUACUAAGUGGUAUAUAAGUAGGGUUGCAGGAUGCAUCCAAGUGGCUUGGUUAGCAAAGGCCCGAAUGCUUCUGAAGGGCCUCUUCCUUGUCCUGCUGCCUAGGAGAGGGAGAGAGUCCCCCCUUGCCCUCAGUGUUCUCUUCUGCUGCUUCCCUUGCAGGGGCAAAGACCAGGAAUACGGAGUGUCGCGUGGGAUUGACUUCCAGAACGUCUCUGCUGUCCUGAACUUUGACUUCCCUCCCUCAGUGGAGUCCUACAUUCACCGAGCAGGCAGGUGAGCAGCAAGUGGCCUUGCAUUUACAGAACCGCGAAGUCCACAUUCCCGGGAUGAGGCAUCCGAGCCACGCUUGGUUUUCUAAGAACAGGGACUUAAUCAAAGGUCACCUGAUGCCUCUGUUUCAUCUGGGACUUCGGUUUUUUUGCAAGCUGCCUGGCACAGAUCCCAGCCUUCUCUGAAUCUCCUCUUGAGUCGGUUAUCAAAGACCCAUUUCUCUGAUUAGCUGGUAAUUUUCAUAAAGCUGUUUCAGGGGGAAGGGGCCCAGAGUGUUUGUGUCCUGCCUCCCUUUUCACGGAGCGUGCCUUCCCUUCGCACAGUCCUGGUGCCUCUCCUGAGCCCCUUCUUGCCUCUUCCCUGCCCUUGCCUGACCACCUGUCGUCUUCCUCCCUUGCAGGACUGCCCGUGCAGACAACCCGGGCACUGCCCUGACCUUUGUGCUGCCCUCCGAGAAGGCUGUGCUGGCUGAGAUCGAGGCAGCUCUCACAGGAGGAGGUGGGUGUUCUCGCGAGGCAGGGAGGUGCUGCCCUCAGGAGGUCUUCCAAGCGGGUAGAGGGAACACCUCCCCCUGGGGGCACAGGGGCGGUGAGGUCAGCACGGGGCACUGGUUUGCCUCUGGGCGCAGAAUUGCCCAAUUCGAGAGUUGCCCCGCGCAGUGGCUGCUUGCCUUUCUGUUGCUCUAACCGGUCCCGAUCCUCCCCCACCAGGCAGCGACGACACUCCCUUGCGGCCCUACCUGUUCCGGAUGGAGGAGAUUGAGGGCCUUCGGUACCGUUGUCGGGUGAGUGGGCACGGCCUGGCUGCUCUGGGAGGCGGCUGCAGCCGCACCACCUCCUCUUGCCCUCUUCCUGCAUGGGGGCAAAGGGGUCGGGGCGGUGGAGGCAGCUGUUACAGGUGAUGCUUCAGAGCCAUCACUGGCAGGGCAGACUGCAGGUUGGGGGCGAGGUCGCCAUGGGUUCAGUGCUUUUCCAGCUGCACUGGCUCCCGGUGGAGUACAGAGUCAGAUUUAAGGUGCUGGCUUUGACCUUUAAAGCCCUUCACGGCCUAGGACCCUCGCACCUACGGGACCGCCUCUCCUGGUAUGGCCCACAGAGGACCUUAAGGUCCAUAAACAGCAACACCCUAGAGGUCCCGGGCCCUAAGGAAGUUAAAUUAGCCUCAACCAGAGCCAGGGCCUUUUCAACACUGACUCUGGCCUGGUGGAACACUCUGUCUCAUGAGACCAGGGCCCUGCGGGAUCUGAUUUCUUUCCGCAGGGCCUGUAAAACAGUUGUUCUGCCUGGCCUUUGGCUUAGAAUUAAUUUGAUUCCCACCCCCUCUUUCUUUUUUCCUGUCUCCUGUGAAGAGGCUGCAGUUUAAUGUUUUAAUGUUGUAUUUUAAUCUUGUUUUUUAAGUUGUAUUUUAAUCAACUUGUUUUUCUUAUUGGUUGUUAGCCGCCCUGAGCCCGGUUUUGGCUGGGGAGGGCGGGGUGUAAAUAAAUUUUCUUAUUAUUAAAAGGCAGCUGUUUCAGGCAGAUCUCGGGUUCUCUGUGUUGAGGACAACCCUGCUUCAGGGAGCCCCCUGAUAUCCUCUUCCCUGAGUGGUUUUGCCAGGCGCUAGAGAGGGAAAAUCUCAGAGGAGGCAGGAACGUUUGGCAAGGAAUUGUAAAGCACAGGAUCCAGUUCUCUGGAUGUCACGGCGUGAUUUGGAGGUGUUGCCUCCUCCCUCUAUUUCUUGUUUUCUCCCGACUCAGUGCUUUUGGUAAUCAUGGGGAUGGAGUAAGUCCUGUCCCCCCCCCUCCCCAUUGCUUUUAAACCACCCACUUCUGCCCAGUCCUCAGUUGGGUCCUUUGUUCUCAGGAUGCCAUGCGGUCCGUCACCAAGCAGGCCAUCAAGGAAGCUCGCCUCCGGGAGAUCAAGGAGGAGCUGCUCAACUCCGAGAAGCUGAAGGUAUUCGCCUGCACAGCACCUGGGCGUGGGGAGGGCAGAGGGACAUGAGAGAGUGGGAGGGGGCUGUCAGGGAGGGCCGGCUGCUGGGGAACUGUUGCUGACCUCCAUUUCUCUCCUCCCAGACAUACUUUGAGGACAAUCCUCGGGACCUGGACCUCCUGCGCCACGACAAGCCUCUUCACCCAGCCAUUGUCAAGCCCCACUUGCGGAACGUACCAGCGUACCUGGGUAGGAGGGGGUGGCAUUUGUGGCCUCAGCAGGGGGGCUCAAUGCUGCGUCUUCACCGUGUCUGAGGGGAUGGCGAACAGCAGCAGGCCCUGUAGAUGAGCUCUGGGGCGGGACUUGGGAUUCCCUCCUCCGAGGGGGAAAGAGAGGGAGCCCCUGUUUCUCCUACAGAGUCCUUACCUUGGAGUCCACACGCCACUGUCCAUGCAAAUCUCCAAGUCUUCUUAAGCUGUGCGAGGGCAAGCUCUUGCUUCUCAGCUGUGGUGCAGAAGAAAAAGUGCAGCAAAGGGGGCCGGGUAUGGGGGGGGGGGGGAGAGCUAGUGCAAAAGCAUUGCAGGCCUCUCGAGAAUGGGCCGCAAGAGGGGGUCUUCCGCCUCCUGUUUGGGCCAGUAAGCACCAGCGUCUGCUCCUCUUCUCUCCCCAGUGCCUCCCACCCUCCGGGCUGUGGCGCAGCCCCUGGGCAGCAAGCGCAGACGACGGAAGCCGCUGCCACCCAAAACCAGGGUAUGUCUUGCUCCUCUGCUACUGACCCCAAAUUGGAGAGGGAGCGGGGACGGCCCUGCCUUUCCUCACACCCUGGCACAGGCCCAGAGACGGUUUCUUUGCAAAACUUUACGGAACCGGGCACGGCUCCCUGUUUCCCAGCCUCCGCUUGGGAAGUUUGUGGAGCUGCUGUCGAUCAUGCACUGGGUCCUGUAAAGAAGGCUUGACAAUUUUUUGGGGGGGGGCUUGACAGCUGGGGGACUUUCUGUGCUCCUCCAGAGGCCCCCUCCUCUGUGUUUGUUCCUUCACCCUCUUACUCCUUGGGGUGCAAGAGCAAAAAUCUCACCUCUGCUGUUUCCUGGGAUCUUCACUCUUUGCUACAUUGGGUGUGGGUUGAGUUUGGGACCUGCCAUGUGGGGCCUUAGGCAGUUCUUCUGCCCCUUUCUGUGGUGCUUCUGGUGCUGUACCUUCAUGGGGGGAGUCCAAGUGCUGAGGACAAAUAGUGUGGCCCGUGGGCAGGUGGGGUUUGCAGACCCAAUCUCCAAGCGAAAAGCUCAGGAACCUUUGCCAGAGCCCCUUUGGAUUUGUGAUUGCGGCAGCAGGGCAAGGGACCCAGCAGCCCAGUGGUCAGGCAACCCCCCUCCCACCGUGAGAUCCACUUCUACACUGUCUCUCCCUCCCCCAAUAGGGCCAGCGGAACCCCCUGCGGAGCUUCAGAUGCACGAAGCAGAGGUCAGGAGCCAAGCACCGGUCAGCCAGGCACCGGACGGCCGCUGGAACGCCUGGAUCCUGACCGCCACUUAUAGCUGAACUGUGUCGGGGAGGAGGCUGGCGCUGGGCCCCUGUUUUGGGGCCAGGAUAUUUGAUGUAAAUAAAGGACAGGUGUUUGUGCUCGGCCACCGUCUUGUCAGGUUCGGAGGCCUUCCUCAGAAGAACAUUAAAGGGGUUGACCUCCCGUGGCCAUUGCAGUGCCUUAAGGCCAGGAGCAACUUCUCCUGCAUUCUAAAGUCUUUGUGGGGUUUUUUGUUUGUCUUUGAGCUGCCUCCUCUGUCCUGACAACACUGCCUGGGGAGUAGCUCUGGGCCCCUUGUGCCUGCCUCUCUGGGCCAGGUGGUGGGUGGGUGCAGGGUCCCCCUUCCCAUUGGCUUCCUUGUGUGGGUGAAGGUGCUUUGUCUUGGAAGCCGGGUUCCUCCCGUGGAGAUUCCUGGCAGCAGCUGCUGCCUGGGAGAAGUCCUGAAACUCUGUAAACAUCCUUUGCCUUCAAUCACACCUCCUGCUUUUGGAUGUGCCAAAUGCCCCGUCUGCAAUUCCUUCUCACCUGGUUUCUGUAAACUGAGUUCUCUUGUAUCGCACUCCUUUGCCCUCGCCAGCCGGGCCCCACCCCAGCCCUUUGCUCCCCGGGUCUGAGGUGAAGGCAGAGCAAGGCUCUUCCAGGGUGAUAGCAUGUCUGCUCACAGCACGGGCCCCCGCCUCCGUGGUGCGUCCUGUGGCCCUUGUUCUGCUUGUGGCUACCUGUGCCAGCAGCUGCCAGUAAUGGCAACUAGUGGACUAUUGCCCAGGCUCCCUUGGCCUUAUCAGGCGUCAAGGCCAGGACAGGCUUGUAAACCUUGAGGAGGAAGGAAGAUAAGCGGCUCAAGGUGGAGGCAGCAGACGGAGGAUCAGGAGCCUGCGGACCUCUUGGACCGUAAGCAACAAACACGCAACUCCCUGGCCUGUUCCUCAACCCCCCACCCCCGGCUUUCCUUGCCUUCAGCUGCACUGCUUCCUCCUCGGAUGUUUCCCCAAGAAGCUUACGUGGCUUUGCACUUGCAAGGGUCAAAGCCAGGCGUGCUGUGACUUGGCAAUUCGAGUGGCUUUGCUUUAAGUGGGUUGCCUGGUUGAGCGGACUACCAGGCCUGCUCUUUUCACAGGGAGGGAGGGAGACGGGCACCUUCCUUGCUGCCACGUGGCAAAACGAAUGAGCCCCAUCUGGGGGUGUUCUCCCAUCUGGGCUGCAACAGCAGUUUGGUUCCAAAGAGGUUCCAGGCCUGCCUUCUUCACCCCUCAGCUGGGUACACCAUUUCCUGUUAAAGCCCAGCAGUUCCUGAGAAUAUCACAAACCCUGAAGGGUUGUAUUGAUUUUUACAGUGUAUUGGGGGGCAGGGGGCGCCGAUCCCAGAAGGGGGAAAUAGCACCUUCUGCAUUUGCUUUAAAUACAGUGGAACUUCUGGAUACAAACGGGACUCACAGCUGUCCAUGGAGGCACAGGUCAAUUCUGUGUCCAGGGCACCUGUUUUCCAGCUCCAUUUGGUACGCAGGCUGAGACCCUACCGGCCCACAGACUGUCUCUCCAGAGUGGUGCAUGCUCUAGUUAUCUCUCGCUUGGACUACUGCAAUGCGCUUUACGUGGGACUACCUUUGAAGGUGACCCAGAAACUACAACUAAUCCAGAAUGCGGCAGCUAGACUGGUGACUGGGAGUGGCCGCCGGGACCACAUAACACCAGUCCUGAGAGACCUGCAUUGGCUCCCAGUACGUUUCUGAGCACAGUUCAAAGUGUUGGUGCUGACCUUUAAAGCCCUAAACGGCCUUGGUCCUGUAUACCUGAAGGAACGUUUCCACCUCCGUUGUUCUGCCCGGACACUGAGGUCCAGCGCCAAGGGCCUUCUGGCGGUUCCCUCCCUGCAAGAAGCCAAGUUACAGGGAACCAGGCAGAGGGCCUUCUCAGUAGUGGCACCCGCCCUGUGGAAUGCCCUCCCACCAGAUAUCAAAGAGAAAAAUAACUACCAAACUUUUAGAAGACAUCUAAAGGCAGCCCCGUUUAGGGAAGCUUUUAAUGUUUAAUAGGUUAUUGUAUUUUAGUGUUUUGUUGGAGUGGCUGGGGGGACCCAGCCAGAUGGGCGGGGUAUAAAUAAUAAAUUAUUUUUAUUAUCUGU